CUCCUCCUCCUCCUCCUUCCCUCCCUCCCUCGGCCUGGGCUGGGCGUCCUCGCAAGAUGGCGGCGGUGGAGCUGGAGUGGGUGCCCGAGACGCUUUACAACACCGCCAUCUCUGCCGUGGUCGAUAGCUACGGCCGCGCCCGGCGGAGGGACAUCCGCUCCUUGCCCGAAAACAUCCAGUUCGACGUCUACUACAAGCUUUACCAACAAGGCCGACUAUGCCAGCUGGGUAGUGAAUUUUGUGAACUAGAAGUUUUUGCAAAGGUGCUUCGGGCUCUAGAUAAAAGACAUCUACUUCAUCAUUGCUUUCAGGCGUUGAUGGAUCAUGGGGUAAAAGUGGCCUCCGUUUUGGCCUAUUCGUUCAGCAGGAGGUGCUCCUACAUCGCAGAAUCGGAUGCUGCCGUGAAAGAAAAAGCCAUCCAGAUUGGAUUUGUUUUAGGAGGCUUCCUCUCAGACGCUGGCUGGUAUAGUGAUGCCGAGAAGGUCUUCCUUUCCUGCCUACAGUUAUGCACGCUCCAUGAUGAGAUACUCCACUGGUUCCGUGCUGUUGAAUGUUGUGUCAGGUUGCUCCAUGUCCGAAACGGCAACUGCAAAUACCACUUGGGAGGAGAAACCUUCGAUCUGGCCCAGUCGUAUAUGGACAAGCUGGCGAAGCACGGCCAGCAAGCCAACAAGGCCGCUCUCUACGGAGAGCUGUGUGCCCUGCUCUUUGCAAAGAGCCACUACGACGAGGCUUACAAAUGGUGUAUAGAAGCCAUGAAGGAGAUUUCGGUGGGCUUACCUGUGAAAGUAGUUGUGGACGUCUUACGGCAAGCUUCGAAGGCCUGUGUGGUAAAACGUGAAUUCAAGAAAGCCGAGCAGUUGAUAAAACAUGCGGUGUACCUUGCACGGGAGCAUUUUGGAGCCAAACACCCUAAAUACUCAGACACACUACUAGACUAUGGGUUUUAUUUACUCAACGUAGACAACAUAUGCCAGUCGGUUGCCAUUUAUCAGACAGCGCUAGACAUCAGGCAGUCUGUCUUCGGCGGAAAAAACAUCCACGUCGCGACAGCUCAUGAGGACUUGGCUUAUUCGUCGUAUGUUCACCAGUACAGUUCAGGAAAGUUUGAUAAUGCCCUAUUCCACGCCGAACGUGCCAUCGGUAUCAUCACCCACAUCCUCCCAGAAGACCACCUUCUCCUUGCCUCCUCCAAAAGGGUUAAAGCCCUGAUCUUGGAGGAGAUUGCCAUCGACUGUCACAACAAGGAGACGGAGCAGCGUUUGCUGCAGGAGGCCCACGACUUGCACCUCUCCUCUCUGCAACUGGCCAAGAAAGCCUUCGGGGAGUUCAACGUCCAGACGGCCAAACACUACGGUAACCUGGGCCGGCUUUACCAGUCGAUGAGGAAAUUUAAGGAGGCAGAAGAAAUGCAUAUCAAAGCGAUCCAGAUCAAGGAGUUGCUUCUCGGCCAGGAAGAUUACGAAGUGGCUCUUUCCGUGGGACACUUGGCCUCGCUCUACAACUACGACAUGAACCAGUACGAAAACGCAGAAAAGCUUUAUCUGAGAUCCAUAGCAAUUGGAAAGAAGCUUUUUGGGGAAGGUUACAGCGGACUGGAAUACGACUACCGGGGCCUCAUUAAACUGUACAACUCCAUUGGCAAUUACGAGAAAGUAUUUGAAUACCACAACAUUUUGGCCAACUGGAACCGGUUGCGGGAUCGGCAGUUUUCCGUGACAGAUGCCUUGGAGGACGUCAGCACCAGCCCUCACUCCACCGAGGAAGUCGUCCAGUCCUUCCUGAUGUCGCAAAACGUAGACGCACCGCUUUCCUAAGGAACUUGGCCAGCUUUCCCAACGGGGCUUUUUCCCCUCCCUUUUUUUGUUGUUGUUACCCACAAUUACAUGGGAGAAGUCAUACUGUGAAAUUUGAAAAACCGUGUAGUUUUUUUUCUCUCUCCAACCCCCCCCCCUUUUUUUCUUCUUCUUUGUCUUCUCCUCGAGGGGGCUGUAAAAAUUGCAUUGAAACACUGGUCCAGUCCAUUAAAAAAAUUCCCCUACUUUUGGGGCGAUCUCAACUUUUGAUGGAGUGACCGUACAAACGAAUGUGUGCUAAAUAAUAAUAAUAAUAAUUCCUACCAGCAUGAGUACGGCAUGAGUUUUGUUUUCGCUCGAGAGAGGAAAAAAGAGAGAUAUAUAUAAAAAGAAAAGCAUAGACAUCUCUAACAAUCGUCUGUAUUUUUAAAAAAAUUUUGCCUUCGAAAAGAAGCCACUUUACCGGAGAAUAGAAAGAGAGAAAUAAAAGCAUUAAACACUUUUCAAGAGUUGCAUUCUUGAUUGUGGCUUGUCUGUCAGGUGAGUCAAAGCUGUCAGAUACCCUUUAUCUUGAGAAAGAGUCUCACUCGGCUUGUCGACACUUGGAUAAGGGAGGAAAGACCUCGCUUCUUAUUUUGUGCUGCCUUAUGAAGGAAACACGGCAAAGGAUUGACUCCGGAGAAGCAACGCCUGGCUGUGAACUGCGCUCGGCUGACUUUUGCUUUGGAUCGGCAUCCAAACUGGACCAGUGUUUGCCCGGACGUGAUUGCCGCCAACGGGACACUAUAUAGUCUUAGCCUCCUCUUCUCUCCUUUUUGUUUCUGGCAAAGCGUUUUCCGUCGCAGGACCAGGAGGAUUCAAAUAGCGGACCAGCCUUGGACCAUUUCUGCGUUCAUUUCGACCCAGUUCGCAUUCAAGAGUGUUAUUUCCAGUGCUAACAAGAGACCUUAUUCGUGCGCUAGAUCACAACAUGUAGGAGCUUCCGCGUCCUUUGGCCGUCGCAAUGGCAUGUCUUUUGAAUUUCAGAGGUUAAAACAGGUAAACUUCGAUGUUAACCUUUUUCAACGCUUUGUCCUUUCUCUCCUUUUGUCCCGUUCGGAAUAGGCUCUCUCUAAAGGCUAUCUAUAGAUAUAUAUAUAUAUCUUGCUUGUGCUCACUAGGUUAUUUUUUGUCGCCGUUCAAGAAUCUGGUUUGAUUUUAUUUCAGUUUAUUGUACAGUUUGCAGAGAUCAGUGGAUAAUGCCAAAAAAAAACUUUUUUAACAAAGCACAACAAGUUGGUCUCUUUGUUUUCCCCUCAUCUCUUUCUUUUUUUUUAUUUUUUACGUUAGACAAAACCCUGUUUGUCUUUAUAUUUAAUUUUUUUCUAUAAAUACAAAUAUAAGUCUGUUAUACAUUUGAAGGACAAAAUGUGAUAACUCUGCCUGUCUCACUAGUUUGUCUUAAUUUCAGUUUUGUGUGUUUGUGGGAGGUUUGUUUGGUUUUGUUUUCCUUUGGAUUGAAGCAUCCUUUUCAACAUUGAGGUAGUAACGGAUAUUUCAAGAGACCUUUGUAGCAUUGACUCGGCUUUUGGACAGAAAUGAGUAAGCGUUGUUGCUUAUUACCUCAGUUUCCUUAAUUCAGAGGCACAGGCAGUGUGUCUGUCUUAAGGGCAUCCUUGGGUGGCCUCCCCUAUUUUCAGGGGGUUUCGACGUUGCCCAGAGAAAGAGGUUUGGAAGUGAACUUUAUUCAGUUUUAUUCCGUUAUUUAAAAAUCUGCGAGUUUUGGCGUGAAGGGCGUAAUGUCCUCUCGACAAUGUUUAGCGGUCAGUGUCUUCUGAGACUUCUCUUAAUCCUGACUAUAGCAAUAGGCUUGGCUUGUCACUUGGGAUAUUGCAGUUCGUUGUUUUAAACUGGUGCCUUUAACAAAAAAAACACACACCUCUUUUGUUCGUUUUUGUGCGCAGGCAGGGAGGAGGUCUUGUUGCCCUAUAUAUUCGUGUUCAAUUUAUGGAGAAGGAGGUAGAAUUGCCUACGAUCGCAACCUCCCCAUAUAGAUCAGACUCUUGAGCAGUUUCUGCAUUAUCCCUGCAAAAGGUAGAUAACAAUACAUUCCUUGUGUUGUCGAAGGCUUUCGUGGCCGGGAUCACAGGGUUGUUGUAUGUUUUCCGGGCUGUAUGGCCAUGUUCUAAAAGUAUCCUCUCCUGACGUUUUGCCCACAUCUAUGUACUAUCUCACCACCUCUGAGGAUACCUGCCAGAGAUGUGGGUGAAACGUCAGGAGAGAAUACUCCUAUAACAUGGUCAUACAGCCUGGAAAACAUACAACAACCCAAUACAUUCCUUUUUCCCCAACUUUUGUUCAGUUUGUCAGAUGGAUGCACGCAAAAAUAACUAUAUAUUGGAGUCACCUAAUGUGGAAAUGUGGACUAGCGCUGACUUUUAUUAUUGCAAAAUGCCAGACAUCAUGGCCAAUGGUCCUAAAGUCUGGUGGAUUUGGGGAGCUGUAGUCUAGAAAAGUUGCAUUUCCAAGCUUUGGACCCGAUAAGCAAUAAAGUGAAGGGCAGGUGGCCUUGGGACAUGCAAGAAAGCCAAUUGCUUGGGUUUUGGUUUUGUUUUUUAGUCUAGUUCAACACCCACCAGUCAGGUGAAAACCAGUUUUAGCUAGAAAUACUCCCCAAAUGAGUAUACAGAAGAGGAAGAAUAUCAUUUCCCCCCACUUUUUUUACCCCUUCUGCUGAUUUUGGCUCCAUCAUGACAAGGAUAAGUCCUCACUCAGCCUUCCAUUUCUCAUUAUUAGCCUUUGCUCUUAUAAUCCUGCUCUGUUUCCGUUUGAAUUUGUAAAAAUGAUCUGGACCGUAUGUUGUUGAAGGCUUUCAUGGCCUGAAUCACAGGGUUGUUGUGUGUUUUCCAGGCUGUAUGCCCAGUCCUUCUGGAACAUACAGCCCGGAAAACUCACAACAACCCUGAUCUGGUCAGUGUUCCCAAUGUCACCCAUUUGCUAUGAUGGUAGGCUCUCCACGUUUCCUCAUGAAAAUGGAGAAAAUGUGAAUUAAAAUAGAAUUUUUAAAAAAAUACUUAGGAAUUCCUAAGUAUGACUCUUUGCUCAACUAAAGUCUGGAAUGGUCCCAGUUAGUUGAGGUUUUUCUCCUGCCAGGAGCAGACAAAUGUAAUACUUCUUCCACUCUUGUUUUACAACACUCCGCUUUUUCCAAACGCCAAAAGUAAAUUGAAUUGAAGCAUUGUUUUUUGUUCCUUAUUAUAAGAGAGAGAAUUACUGAUAUGAACAUCACCAGAGUUCACACGUCUAGAUUGGUAUAUCUGGUCAGGAUAUUCUCAGUUGCUACUAUCCCGUCUUUUCUUUACAAUCCCUUAAACAACCCCAAUCUGAACUCAGCUCAGUUUCAGCUUCUACGUUUUCCUGGACCUUUUUUUAACCCAAUGUUUACGUUUAGUUUUGUCAGUAGUGCAGCUGAGGAAGUCUGUGUAUGUGGUGUCAUCACCGUGAGUUUGUUCUUAGUGGCAGCGUUGUGUGCGGUCUGAGCUUCUGAAUUUCUCCUGUUUUCACUUCCCAACCCAAACACUUGCAUUCCAGGCUUGUGUGUGAGACUACUCAUAAGUAGUCACAAUAUAUUAAUUUUAGGCUUUUUUUUAAAGUGGUUCUUGAUUUUUAAAUUCUGGUGAUAAGUCACCAUAAAUCCUAGUUUUAUUUUCCUUGUGGUAGGGUCGACAUAAAUCCGGGUUGACUUGUGUGAGGCGGAAGAGAAGCAUUUUUCUCCCCUCCUGAUUGGAAGCUUAUUGAUGUACAGUAGAGUUCCAGUCAUCCAACAUAAACGGGCGGGCCGAAUGUCGGCAGGGACAUCGGAUAAUACGGUACGUCGGAUAACUAGAAGUUGGAUAACCGGAACUCUACUGUAUUCCCUUCUAGAAGCCUAUGGUUUUGCUUGUCCCAAAUGAGAAGAGAAACAUUUCUCCAGACUUGUAUGGAAUGGACGUAAAGCUGGAAAUGCAGAAGCUUCCUCUAGCUCAGACUUAUUAUUUCUAUAUACCUUGAGGUACCUUGUUGACUUGCAGACCUGAUCCCUCGUAAGGUCUAGACUUUCCCUAGGGUGAAACAUACCCAAUGGAACGAUAGAGAAGGAGAAAUAACUUUGGCUAAAUAAUGGAGUUCGUACUGCAUUAUAUGGGUCUACACUGAUAAUAUGAUGCAGUUCAAACUGCAUUGUUCAACAGCGUAGAUCCAGCCUUUGUUGCCUUCUUUAAUUGGGGAAAAUGAGGUCCUCGGAUCCUGAUAUUAAGUCUUGUGUAUAUAGCUUGCAUUAUAUACUGUGUACAUCUCCAUGCUUUAGAAUGGAGCAAGCAAUGGGAAAAGACUGGAUGUAGAAAGGAUCUGAUCUUUUGGGCAAGAAGAGAGUCAAUGCAACCCCAUAUUUAGGAAUUAAGGAACAAUUCAGCGUGUGGAAUGUGAAGCUGAAUCUAUUGGAAAGAAGUCCAUGGAUCAGUUCAAGAAUUCAGCAUGAACAUUCAGAGGCAUCUUUCUUGUGGCCAGAGCUGGAUUUUGAGGGCAAAUUUAUUGGAGAAAGUGCAUGCGAGGUUCAUUGUAUUUUGACACUCUUCUAAAGAGGCAUUGUGAAGGAAAGUUACAAAGGUUGGUGAUGUGUAACUUGAGUUCAUAAAGUAAGAUCCAUGCUAUCUUAAGAGAUAGAAAAGACCAUCUAGUCUGCAAUCCCAAACUUACGAUUUAAGAUCCAGUCUGGCUUGCCUUAAACAAAGCUGAACUUGGAAGCCAUUUGGGAAGAAAGUAUCUGUAGCAUCCAUGCAUCGGUCAGUUUGAGAGUCCACCUUGGACAUUCACGAAUAUCCCCAAAGAGCUACAUUUAGUGGGGUAUAAAGACAUAGAUCUCCAUGUCUUCAUAUUUCAAUACCCUCUGCCGACCUUGCCAGACCAAGUGCUAUUAUUGCGAAGUGGGAUAUUUCUUUUGCCGUCUCGUGUUUUACUUUUUCCCAUCCUCGGUUGUUGUUUUUCACGUCUUCGGCAGCGUUUGGCCUGCCGCACAUUUCACCUCUUGGCCUUUCAGGGGUGUGUGUUUGUGGGAGGGAGGGGAGAUUGGAUCCAAUGGGCAAGAGAGUGCUUUUGGGGGGUUCCUUUUGGACCGCUCCCCAAACUCAGGAAUGUUUUGAGGCAACGGAAACGGCUUAUUCUAUCGGCGAACACUUUUCAUUGUGAUCCUAGGUAUCUUAUAGCAUGGAGAGGCCUUAGUGAAUUGUUUUUCAAGUGCACAUUUCUUUUUUUCAUUUCAAGACACUAAAAAAAAAUUAAGAUGGGGAAUAUAUAAAUAUAUAUAUAUAUAUAACUAUAGAAAUAUAUAGAAAUAUCUAGAAACUUGGUGUUUGCUACACAAAAGUGUUGGGUCACUAACCGUCACAGGUAUCCUAUGUGUAACUUCUUUCCUUUGUAUGUGUACUCCUUUCUAGGAUGAUAUGUUGCCAUAGAAAACUUUAAAAUUUAACAAAAGAGGGAGAGAGACACUAUAGAGUUAACGUCUUGGAAGUGUGAGUGGUCUUUUACGUUUGAUCAGAUAUGACCCAUGUUCAGUCCUCUUUAUUUUUAAUGCUUCAUAGAACUUAACAGGGGAUUUACACUAUUGUGUUUAUGUCAAUAUUAAAUUCACAGAUACACACGCACUCAAUAUCCGCAGCAUUGUUGGAAGCAAAAAAAUGGCUGAAAGUGGAGCAAACACCCCUCCCAAAAUCCCCGUCUCUUUGGUGCCACAGUUAUUUAUAUGAAAGCAUCUUGAACACGCUCAGUCGUUAUUCUGUUCUUUUCUGUCAACAGGUUUUUUUGGGGCUUUUUAAAAUAUAUAGAUAUAUAUAUAUCUUGACAUCGCACCUGACUGCAAUGCCUAGUUUUAUUCUUUGUAACCAUCAAAACCAUUCUGAGUAUGUUUGUAACCGACAUUGUGAUAUUCUGUAAUUGUAUUGCUAAAUUGAAUUAUUGACUUAAUAAAUAUAGUGUUCCUGCG